ACAAAACCAAUUCACCCAAAAAGGAAUAGUUUCAUUGAUAAGGAAACUCAAAGCCGCCAACAUUUGAUCUCAAAAGGGUAACAUCUAUAUAUAAAAGCAUCAUAGUUGGUCUGCAAAUAAAGGAAAACAAACAAGUUGAAACAUAAAAUUAAGCAACAUAAAUGGCAAUGAGGCAGCGAUCUGGAGGAGUUACGGCUACCCUUCCACGGCAAUCUACCAGUCUCUUACAUGAGGAUUUCCAGCCAAGGUCAGAGAGGAAGGAAGAAGCAGCCGCUACUGUUAUACUUGUUCAUCUUCCUGACUUUGUGAAGGAGAGAAUAAAAAUCUCAUAUGUGCAAUCCUCUCGUAUCUUAAGGGUUAGUGGAGAGCGACCACUAAACGACAAUAGAUGGAGCCGUUUCGAGCAAACUUUUUCGGUUCCAGAAAAUUGUGACGCUGAUAAAAUUCGAGGCUUAUUUCAGCAAGGAAUUCUCACAAUCACAAUGCCCAAGAAGAUCAUUGCACAAGUUUGUCUAGCUGAAGAACCUAAAACAAUCCAAAAAGCUACAACCAAUCCAAAGCCUCAAGAGGUUCAGAAGGAGAUUCCUCCUCCUAACCCUACUUCAGCUAUAACAACAGACCAGAAAGCUCCGAGCCCUCCGAAGUCUAUGGCAGAGCCAACGCUUCAAAAGGUGCAGAAGGUUGUAGAAGUCAUUCAUUCCACCGUCAUAAAAGAAAGUCAAAGGGUUGUGAAGACUGAUCAUUCUCUAAGCCCUCAGAAAGCCACCAUCGAGCCUAAAGCCCAAAAGGGUGAAGAUGCAACUCCUCCAAAAGCUGCUUCAACAACAGACACACAAAAGCAAAUGAACAAUAUUGAUCAAAAGUCCAUCGAAAUGAAGGAUGCAUUGAUGAAGGAAAUUGGGAAGGCUGAGAAUUUGAUGGAAAGGAAUAUGGUUAAGGGAAAGGAAAGUGUAAAGAAUAUCGCAGAGUCAUCAAUGGUUGAAAUGGAGAAGAAAGAGAGAUCUACAGAGGACUUUAUUGCUGAGAAAGGAAAGGGAAUAAAGACUGUAAUGGAGUCUGCUCAGGAGAAAGUGAAGGAUCUAAGAAGCAGGAGGCUGAAUGAGGAAGAGAGGCUGACACUAGUAAAUGUUGGUGCAGUAGUUCUGGUGAUUGUGGCACUUGGAGUUGGAGCUUAUCUCUUCCGCCAUAGCUCCUCUGUAAAAGAUGAAAACUAGUUCUAGCUGUAACAGUCAUUUCAUGUGUUAACAUAAGCAUUGAAUAUCUGUAAUUUUAUAAAUUAUAUAUGAUAUAUCUAUAUAUAAUAUAUACACACACACUAAUACUUUGACAUGUUCUGUCUUUAA